AUGAAAGAAGUAUGCAUUGCUUUACUCAUUUGUAACAUCUAUGCACAAAAUGGAUACGACCCGGCAGAGCCUCCAGAUCUUCCGGAGGAGGCCAAAUUCUACCUAGAAGCGCCGAAAGCCGUUCAAAUUCACGAGAAACAAUGCAAAAACACUUUGAAAUAUUUACAUAUCUUAUAUCGACAUGGUGAUCGAAAUCCGUCAACAUUGCUGCCAAAUGAUCCCGAGAAUGGCGAAAGCACAUGGAAAGAGGGACUUGGCGAGAUUACUGUUAAGGGCCUUCAACAACAAUAUCGUCUCGGGCAAUGGUUAAGGAAAAGAUAUGGAGAAUUUUUGGGCAACGAUUUCUCCCGAAAAGAUAUUUAUGUUCGCAGCUCUGAUUACUCACGCACUAUUAUGUCAGCUCUUGCGAAUUUGGCAGGAAUGUUCCCAGCGAAUAUCACAGAGAAAUGGGAAACGUCUCUCGAUUGGGUACCGAUUCCCGUACACACUGUUGACAAAGAACGAGAUUUUCAACUAAAUGAACAACUUUCUUGCCCAAUGGCUACCGCUGCAAUCGACUCGAUUAACUCGGAUCCAAAUGUGAUUAAGAUUGAAAAAGCUCAUGAAGACUUGUUAAAGCAUUUAGAAGAGAAAUCAGGUGUGAAGAAGCCGCUGCGUUUACGCGAAAUGUGGUGGAUUUUUGAUGCACUUAACUGUGAGUUUCAUCAUCGGGAAACGCAUAAAUGGCCAUCUUGGAUAAACGAAAGUGUUUGGAAACGCGUUCAGCAACUUUACGAUCAAAGCGCGCAGUUUUCUUUUCACAACAAGCAGCUACGACGAUUGCGUGGCGGUGCUUUGGUGGCUGAGAUCUUUGAGAGAUUGCGAUCAAAGAUCAACGGAUCCCUUGAAAUUGAUGGCCCAAAAAAAGCCUAUAUCUAUUCAGCGCACGACACAACAUUAGCCGCUUGCCUCUCGACAUUCGGGAUUGUGCCUCACGUUUUCCCCCUUUACGCCACCGCUGUCCUCAUCGAGUUACACAAAAUUGAUGGAAAAGAUGUUAUUGAGAUUUAUUAUAAAAAUGUGACUGAUUCGGAAGCAUUAUACCAAAUGGAGAUCCCAGGAUGUUCAGGUUUAUGCGAGGUGGAGGCGCUUCAUGCUCAACUUGAAAGCUUAUUUCCGAUCGAUUGGUACUCAGAGUGCGGUCGUCCAAUUGCCACCUCGAACACCUCACUUUGGGUUAUCAUUGCGAUUUUGGCAUUGAUGAAUAUCGUGUGUUUGUCAGUGAUUUGCGUCGACAUUGUCAUUCGAAAGCAGUUAAAGCCCCGUCGUCGUCUACCGCGUCCAUUCGAGCGAAAUUUAAUGGCCGACGAUGAUGAUGAGAUCGAUUUAGAACUU